AUGUACGCUCUCCGCGCCAUCGCCCGUCCCGCCACCGCCGCCCUCCGCGCCCCCCGCAUGGCUCCCCGCUUCGCCGCCAUGCGCUUCCUCUCUACCCGCUACACCGAGGAGCACGAGUGGGUCACCUUCGACCCCGCUACCAAGGUCGGCACCAUCGGCAUCACCGACUACGCGCAGAAGGCCCUCGGCGACGUCGUCUUCGUCGAGCUGCCCGCUGAGGGUACCGAGGUUGAGGCUGGAGAGUCCAUCGGCGCCGUCGAGUCGGUCAAGGCCGCUUCGGACAUUUACGCUCCCGUCUCGGGCACCGUCGAGGCCAUCAACGAGCUCCUCGGCGACCAGCCUGGCCUCCUCAACAAGUCGCCUACCCAGGACGGCUGGCUCGCCAAGAUCAAGCUCUCGGACGAGGCCCAGUUCAACGUCCUCCUCAACGAGGCCGAGUACAAGACCCUGUGCGAGGGCCAGUAA